ACAGACGCACCGAUUUCCAGCCAGGAGAAGUCUCCUUUUGAUCUGUGCAGCGUGCACCCCAGAAUUCCGACCUACACCGAUGCCUGCCUCCUGCAAGGGCGUCUCGCCCCCUCCCCACCCCAUCCCAUGCUUGAACCCACUCUGGAAGGCACCAGAGAGAGCAGCUCCAGACCCCGGGGGUGGUGUGCUGGUGGUGGAGGAAAGCAGCCAAGCAGACCAAGGUGGGAUUCUCAGAAAGGGGGCUCUGAGGCAGAAGGUGGUCCACGAAGUCAAGAGCCACAAGUUCACCGCCCGCUUCUUCAAGCAGCCAACCUUCUGCAGCCACUGCACAGACUUCAUCUGGGGCAUUGGGAAACAAGGCCUGCAAUGUCAAGUUUGCAGCUUUGUGGUUCAUCGACGAUGCCACGAAUUUGUGACCUUCGAGUGUCCAGGCGCUGGGAAGGGCCCCCAGACGGAUGACCCCCGGAACAAGCACAAGUUCCGUCUGCACAGCUACAGCAGCCCCACCUUCUGCGACCACUGUGGCUCCCUUCUUUAUGGGCUGGUGCACCAGGGCAUGAAAUGCUCCUGCUGCGAAAUGAACGUGCACCGCCGCUGUGUGCGCAGCGUGCCCUCUCUGUGCGGGGUGGACCACACGGAGCGCCGAGGGCGCCUGCAGCUGGAGAUCCGAGCACCGACCGCGGAUGAGAUCCACGUCACAGUUGGCGAGGCCCGUAACCUUAUCCCAAUGGACCCCAAUGGUCUGUCUGACCCCUACGUGAAGCUGAAGCUCAUCCCAGACCCUCGGAACUUGACAAAGCAAAAGACCCGGACCGUGAAAGCCACGCUAAACCCUGUGUGGAACGAGACCUUUGUGUUCAACCUGAAGCCAGGAGACGUGGAGCGCAGGCUUAGCGUGGAGGUGUGGGACUGGGACCGGACUUCCCGCAAUGAUUUCAUGGGCGCCAUGUCCUUCGGGGUCUCGGAGCUGCUCAAGGCACCGGUGGACGGCUGGUACAAGUUACUGAACCAGGAGGAGGGCGAAUAUUACAAUGUGCCAGUGGCUGAUGCUGACAACUGCAGCCUCCUCCAGAAGUUUGAGGCCUGUAACUACCCCCUGGAACUGUACGAGCGGGUGCGGAUGGGUCCCUCUUCCUCUCCUAUCCCCUCCCCAUCCCCUAGUCCCACGGACUCCAAACGCUGUUUCUUUGGGACAAGCCCUGGACGUCUGCACAUCUCUGACUUCAGCUUCCUCAUGGUUCUAGGAAAAGGCAGCUUUGGGAAGGUGAUGCUGGCUGAGCGCAGGGGCUCUGAUGAGCUCUACGCCAUCAAGAUCCUGAAGAAAGACGUGAUCGUCCAGGAUGAUGAUGUGGACUGCACCCUGGUGGAGAAGCGCGUGCUGGCCCUGGGGGGCCGAGGCCCGGGAGGCCGGCCCCACUUUCUCACCCAGCUGCACUCCACCUUCCAGACCCCGGACCGUCUGUAUUUUGUGAUGGAGUAUGUCACCGGGGGCGACCUGAUGUACCACAUCCAGCAAUUGGGCAAGUUUAAGGAGCCCCAUGCAGCGUUCUACGCAGCAGAAAUCGCCAUCGGCCUCUUCUUCCUUCACAAUCAGGGCAUCAUCUACCGGGACCUGAAAUUAGACAACGUGAUGCUGGAUGCUGAAGGACACAUCAAAAUCACUGACUUUGGCAUGUGUAAGGAGAACGUCUUCCCUGGGACCACCACCCGCACCUUCUGUGGGACCCCAGACUACAUAGCUCCUGAGAUCAUUGCCUACCAACCCUAUGGAAAGUCUGUUGAUUGGUGGUCCUUUGGGGUUCUGUUGUAUGAGAUGUUGGCAGGACAGCCCCCUUUCGAUGGGGAGGAUGAGGAAGAGCUGUUUCAGGCUAUCAUGGAACAAACCGUCACUUACCCCAAGUCACUUUCCCGGGAAGCUGUGGCCAUCUGCAAGGGGUUCCUAACUAAGCACCCAGCGAAACGCCUGGGCUCAGGGCCGGACGGGGAGCCCGCCAUCCGUGCUCAUGGCUUUUUCCGCUGGAUGGACUGGGAGCGGCUGGAACGACUGGAGAUCGCGCCUCCGUUCCGACCCCGUCCGUGUGGACGCAGCGGCGAGAAUUUCGACAAGUUCUUUACGCGGGCGGCGCCAGCGUUGACCCCCCCAGACCGCCUUGUUCUGGCCAGCAUCGACCAGGCCGAUUUCCAAGGCUUCACCUACGUGAACCCGGAUUUCGUGCACCCCGACGCCCGCAGCCCCGUCAGCCCGCCGCCGGUGCCAGUCAUGUAAUCUCACCUGCCACCACUAGGUGUCCCCAUUGCUCCCUCCCCGCACCAGUCUUACACCUUCCCCCCAACCCCCACCUCCACCCCCUUUCCGAUUUAGAUCUUGCUCCCCAGCAUUCUGGCCUCUGCCCCGUGGGUGCUAGAUGCCCCUCCCAAGCGUUCCUGGCAUUCUAAGCUCCAUACAGUCUCUGGAGCCUCACUGUGUUCUAGACUCUGCUGUGCUGAGCCCGGGAUUCUCACCCACCUUGGUGUUCUGGACUCUGCACUACCAGAACCUUCACCACGGUCCCAACUCCGUGGGGUUCUAGACUCCGUGUUGGUAGAAUCUCUGUCUCUCCUUUUUUUUUUUUUUUUUUCUUCUCCUUUCUUUCUGGGAAAUAGUCUCAUGGGGUGGGCUGUUCUAGACUUGGAUUCUAGAACAACCCUUCACCUCUGACCUGCCCCCCACUCCCCCCACCAACGACGUCCACCCCAUUCUGGAGUGAGUGGGAGGCUGUGCCCCCACGCUCCCGUGCGCCUCGUCCACACUCUAGGGAUUCCUGGGAUGGAUGAAGGAUCCCUACCCCAGCUGUUCUCAAUCAGCUUUUGUUCUAGACGCCCCUACCCUGAACCCGUCACUGCUCGCCUGCCAGGUGCAUGGCUCCAGUCCUGCUCGGAACCUCCUCCACCUCCCCUCCCUCUUCCCCUCCCCCCCUUCCCGUGCCUGCCACUCUGGGGGUGGGGGGGCUCUGUCCUCCUCCCCCUGCCCACUGCCCUCUUCUUUGGCUCUCUCGCCCGGCCACAGCUGCUGGAGAAUAAAUUUGGGAUGCUGA